AUGAACACUCACAGACCAGUCAAAAAGACACAGGAUGAACUGAAGGCAGUGAAAAGGCCUGACUCUGCUGCCAGAACAACAGCAAAUGGUGGUAACCUGAGUGGGGGUGCUCAAGAUGAGAUUUCUGAAGAAGUAAACCCUCUGACCAAAGAUACCAGGAUGGGCAGUGAGCAGACAAAUGAUGGUUCUGGAAUGGAAAGAAACCAGUGUUUGCCAGAUCUGGCCAGAGUAUCUGGAGAUAGACCUGUCCAAUGGGAGGACGAGGUGGAGGCAGCAGCUGCAGAGUUGCCAAAUGAGAACAAGAAACUACUGAACCAAACUGUCCAAGCUCUGUUCUAUCAAGCAAAGAGAUUUUCCAAUAAAGGAACUUAUGCUUCACAAACUAAAUCUGAAAAUGCAAAGUCUCGCAAUGGGAUUUCUCUCCAGAAAACAAGGGGUACCGUGAGCCCCAGGGCCCUCAAACCCAGGAAGGAAGAUAACAAGGACUGCCGGCCAAUCUUCUAUGUUUCAGGAACAAAUGGGACUGAUCUAAUUGUCAGCUUUUGUGAGAACAGGGGUUGGAAGCGAAUAAAUGACAAUAACAGAUGUGACUACUUGUUAAAGUGGUGUGAAGUGAAUGUAUCAUCCAACUUCCAAUACUUCCAAGAAGGUAAACAGCUUUUAAACCAGAUCCCAAACAACAAGCUACUGACCACCAAAGCUGGCCUCUGUUCUGCCCUAAAGAACUACCAGCAGGCAGUAUCUAAAUAUGGAACAAUUAUGAAUCCAAGGAUCUUGAAGAUGGAAGACUUUUAUCCUGAAACAUUUCGCAUGGAUGUGAAAAGUGAACGUCUGGCUUUCUUUGAGAUUAUGGGAGAUGGGUCAAUUUGGAUUUCAAAACCUGCUGGAUCAAACCUGGGUCGAGGGAUCUUCCUGCUGAAGUGCCAGGAAGACUUGCUGGACUUCCGUAAAAAGGUGGAGAGUGUGGAGCAGAACUCUAACUGCAGGAUGAGUUACAGUAGUUUACCCUUCAACAGAAUAGUGCAAAGAUACCUGCACAAACCUCUCCUCCUAGAAGGGCGGAAAUUUGAUAUCCGCUCCUACUUCCUGAUUGCCUGCACCUCUCCCUACAUGAUCUUCUUCUGCCAUGGUUACGUGAAAUUGUCAUGUAAUAAGUAUGAUCCCUACUCUGAUGAUCUGACAAGUCACCUGACCAACCAGUUCAUCCAGAAAAAGAAUCCCAGGUACAGUGACAUGAAGGAGGACACGAUCUGGUCCAUGGAGCACCUGAACGAGUACAUUAAUGAGAAGUACAUGGAAUCAAAGCAUCUUCCAAAGGACUGGGUCUUCACUGUUUUUGCAAAGAGAAUGCAGCAAAUCAUGGUGCAAUGUUUCUCUGCUGUCAAGGGGAAAUUGGAAUGUAAACUGGGCUACUUCGAUCUAUUGGGCUGCGACUUUAUCAUUGAUCACAAUUUCAAGGUUUGGUUGUUGGAGAUGAAUGCUAAUCCAUCUCUGCAGAGACACUGUUCAGUUCUCAAAACAGUCAUUCCUAAAGUAGUCAACGAAGCUCUUGAUUUAGUGGUUGAGAUAUUCAAUAAAUGCAGUAAAGGACUGAAUGUCUUGCCCCUCCAGUCCCAGAAAGAGUUUGUCUUGUUAUACAGUGGUUGUCAUCAAGGAAAGCGCACAAGACCCAUACCAGUGGGUACAGAAAGGAACACAUCCCCAGCGGUUCUGAAGCAACCUUUGUGUUCUGUGAAACAAGCUGUAAACAAGCCCAUGAAGAAGCUGGCCCCUUCGUCAGACUCUAUGGUCGCUCCUGCAAAGAUGCUGCGGAGCACAGUUUCACUGAUCUCAUACAAGAAACUGCCAGUCAUCCAGCUCAGUCCGAGCCUAUGCACAGUGAGAAAUGGCCACCAAACCGAAGGCUCUGCCCUUAUGCAGGACCAACUCAGAGACAGCAGAGAUUUAGAAUCUUUCAAACCAAUGCCUUAUGUUGGGCAAUUAAAACCUGUACGCUGUCAAAGCCCCCUCGUGAACUGCCAGCAACACCCCAGAGCGCAGGGCAGCUCCCUGAUGAUCAGUAGUGUCUUUCCCCCAGCCCACUUCAACAAGACGGCUGCAAAACCAUCUGAACUGAAGGGAUGCCCCAAAGAGAAACAAAUACCAUUGGGUGAUGUAGCCUAG